UGUCUGUAAGCGGACGUGCGAUUCCAAAAUAUUAGCGAAUUUUUACGACUGGGCUACAGUGGUAGCCCGUGCGCCUAAUCCCAGAAAUAAAAUAGCAAGAUGUCACAAGAAAAGAGGUGGCGUAUUGAAACAUCCGAAGAUCUAGCUGUUUGGUCACAAUGGUUUGACGAAAUGUCAAGUGACCAAAGCGAGGUGAUGACUGAAAGUGAAGAUGAAGUUGAUAAUCCUGAAAAAGUUACAGUAAACGAAAGUGAGCAUGAUUCUUUAUCGGAUCAAGAGGCUAGUGAGAAUAGUUCCGGAAAUGAAUCUGACGAUGACGGUGAGUCUGAACAACCAAAUAAUUAUUUUACGGGGAAGGACAGAAAAACAAAAUGGAGAAAAGAAACUCCUAAUGUUCAAAUAAGAACCAUAGCUCAUAACAUCAUUACCCAUUUGCCGAAGGGAACUGCUAGAAAUGCAGAAAUAACGGGGAUUGAGUAUUUAAAUCUUUUACUAGAUGAAUCUAUCAUACGAACCAUUACUACCUGUACCAUAUUUAUAUUGAAAGUAUAA